UGUCUUUGUCCUGCACCAUGAUUCACAAACAGCUCCCUGAAAUGGUGCUGCUGCUGCUGUUGGCGUGUUCCACUGUCUUCUCCCUAGAACCGAAGUUGAUUCUCUUCCAGUCAAGAAUGAAGAGAGAAAGCUUGCACCCACCCACAAUGUUGCCAGUCUCAUCGGUCCAGCAGUGUCUGUCUCACAGGAAAAAUUUCUUGCUUCCUCUGCAGUCUGUGAGUCGUCACCAGUACCAAAAAGGCCAUGCACUGGCUGUUCUGCACGAGAUCCUCCAGCAGGUCUUCAGCCUCUUCCAGGCACACCUUUCUCUGGGCAUUUGGGAGGAAACCCAUAUAGAGAGAGUCCUAGGGGCACUUCACCAACAGCUGGAAUACAUGGAGUCGCUAGCUGAACUAAAAGCAGAGCAGAGUGGUGACCCAAGCGUGCAGAGGCUUAGGAUACAGAUUAAAGCCUACUUCAGGAGGAUCCACGACUACUUGGAAAACCAGAGGUACAGCAGCUGUGCCUGGAUUAUUGUCCAGGUAGAAAUCAACCGCUGUAUGCUCUUUGUGUUCAGGCUCACUGGAUGGCUGAGCAAACAAGAAACAGACCCUUGAACACUGUGAAGCAAAAGCCAACGGUGCAUUUUAAAAGCAUAGGUUGGUGGCAGG